AUGUCCACUAACCCAAGAUCUACUAUCCCGUUCUCAAGAGAUGCUCUUGAUCAAGUCUUGAAAAGAAGAUUCUUCUUUGCACCAGCAUUUGAAAUAUAUGGUGGUGUCUCUGGUUUAUACGACUACGGUCCACCAGGUUGUGCAUUCCAGGCCAACAUUGUUGACACUUGGAGAAAGCACUUCAUUUUAGAGGAAGAUAUGUUGGAAGUUGACACCACUAUGUUGACUCCUUAUGAAGUGUUGAAGACCUCUGGCCAUGUAGACAAGUUCGCCGAUUGGAUGUGUAAGGAUUUGAAGACAGGUGAAAUUUUCAGAGCUGAUCACAUCGUUGAAGAAGUUCUCGAAGCCAGAUUAAAGGGGGACAAGGAAGCAAGAGGUAUCUCUGUAGCCCCAGUCGAAGAAUCCGACGACAAGAAGAAAAGAAAGAAGAAGGUCAAGGAAAUCAAGGCCAUUAAAUUAGACGACAAGGAAGUCGCUGAGUACGAAAACAUUUUGGCUCAAAUUGAUGGUUUCUCUGGUCCUCAAUUAGGUGAACUUAUCACCAAGUACAACAUCACUAACCCUGCUACCGGUGGAGUCUUGGAGCCACCUGUGGAAUUCAACUUGAUGUUCGAAACCGCUAUUGGUCCAUCUGGUCAAUUAAGAGGUUACUUAAGACCUGAGACUGCUCAAGGUCAAUUCUUGAACUUCUCGAAGUUGUUAGAAUUCAACAACGAAAAGAUGCCAUUUGCAUCUGCCUCUAUCGGUAAAUCUUUUAGAAAUGAGAUCUCCCCUAGAGCUGGUUUAUUGAGAGUCAGAGAAUUCCUCAUGGCCGAAAUUGAACACUUUGUUGACCCUAACGAUAAGUCCCACCCUAAGUUCGAAGCAUUCAAGGACUUGAAGUUGAGAUUCUUACCAAAGGGAGUUCAAGAAUCCGGUUCUACUGAGUUGAUUGAAGAAUCCAUUGGUGAUGCAGUUGCCUCUGGUAUGGUUGACAAUGAAACUUUAGGUUACUUUUUAGCUAGAAUUUACCUUUUCUUGACCAAGAUUGGUGUUGAUGCUAACAGAUUGAGAUUUAGACAACACAUGUCCAACGAAAUGGCCCAUUACGCUGCUGAUUGUUGGGAUGCUGAGUUACACACCUCUUUCGGUUGGAUCGAAUGUAUUGGUUGUGCUGAUAGAUCUGCAUAUGAUUUAAGCGUCCAUUCCGCAAGAACCAAUGAAAAAUUAAUCGUUAGACAACCAUUGGCUGAACCAUUAAUCGUUGAAAAGUUUGAAAUUGAAAUCGCCAAGAAGAAGUUCGGUCCUAAGUUCAGAAAGGACGCUGGUGCCGUAGAAAAGUGGUUAUUGGCUAGAACCCAAUGUGAAUUGGAAGAUUUGGCCAAGGAAUUGAAAGAUGAAGGUAAGAUUACCUUUGAAGUGUCGGGUGUUGAAGGAAAGAUUGAAUUAGACACUGAAUUUGUUAAGAUUGAAAAGGUCACCCGUACUGAGCACAUUAGAGAAUUCACUCCAAAUGUUAUCGAACCAUCCUUCGGUAUCGGUAGAAUUAUCUACUGUAUCUUCGAACAUCAAUUCUGGGCUAGACCUGAAGAUGAAGCUAGAGCAGUUUUAUCCUUACCACCAUUAGUUGCACCAACAAAGGUAUUGUUGGUUCCAUUGUCAUCCAACUCAGAAUUGCAACCAGUUGUCAAGCAAGUUUCAGCUGCAUUGAAGAAGGAAUUGAUCCCAUUCAAGGUUGAUGAUUCGUCUGCUUCCAUUGGUAAGAGAUAUGCCAGAAACGAUGAAUUGGGUACUCCAUUCGGUAUCACCAUUGAUUUCGAAUCUGUUAAGGACUUAUCUAUCACCUUAAGAGAAAGAGACUCCACUAAGCAAGUUAGAGGUUCUAUUGAAGAUGUUAUUCUGGCUAUCAAGGGUAUCACUUAUGAAAACAAGUCCUGGACCGAAGGAACUAGCAAACUUUCUCCAUUUGAAACUCAAGCUGCCGAAUAA